AUGGCUACUUGGGGUAUCUGGGAGAGGAGAAACAGGGUGAGGGAGGGACAGAAAACUUGGGGUCCUGAGAUGGUGAUACACCGAGCUUCAGAGCUUUUGCAGGAGUAUCGGGAUGUGCAACCGGUGAAUCUGCGGAUGGCUGUUCGGAGUAUGGAUUUACAUUGGAAGCCACCUGAUUCAGGUGUUUACAAAGUAAACUUUGAUGGCACUUUAUUUCUGGAACAGAGGUGCGCCGGCUUAGGGGUGGUUGUUAGGGACUCGACUAGGCUUGUUACGGCUGUGUUAAGUCAGAGAGUGAGGCUCCCAAGUUCGGCUGAUGUGGUGGAGGCUUUGGCAACUCGAAGGGCCAUUUGCUUUGCUCAAGAACUCAGCCUUCAUAAUGUGGUGAUUGAAGGGUACUCUUUGAAAAUUAUUCAAGCCAUUACCGAUACUAGGCCAAUGCAGACUUUGUAUGGACAUAUUAUUGAUGAGAUUAGACUGUUAUCUUCUUCUUUUAUUUGUAAUUUUUUGCAUGUCAAUCGAAAGGGCAAUAAGUUAGCUCAUGCCCUUGCUAGACGAGCAGUUUUAUCUGCUGAUACCGAUGUGUAG